CGGAGGGGUGUGAGACGCUGGCGGACGGGUGCGGGUCGCGAGGUUACGCUGCAACAUCCGCGCCUCUCACAGCGCCCUCCGCCAGCCGCCUGCUGGUCGUGACGUCACACCGUGGGACGCGCGGCCACCUCGAAGUGCCAUGUCUUCCAAGCGGAAGUCGCCGCCAUUCAAGCUGUACGAGCUCCCCCUGGGCGCGGAGGCGGCUUUUGACGGGCGACGGAGGUCACCCGGGGUCACAGAGGUCGACCGGACCGCAACCGUGACGGCCGAGCCGCCCCCGCAACGGCGCGACAUGGAGGCCGUGCUGCGCCGACUCGCCGCCAAAAUGGUGGACGACUCGGCAUCGCCGCUAGACGGCGGUUCACCUGAGGCGAACGCGCCUCCGCCGGAUCUGAUGCCGCUGCUGCUGGACAAACAACUGGAGCCGCAGCGGAUCCAGGAGAUGAUCCAGCAGCUGCGGCUGGUGCAACACAGCAUCCAGCUGAGCCAGCAGCAGCAGCAGCAGCACCGCGGUCGGAUUUUCGGUGUUGCCUGCAGCGCCAUCUACUCUAGUGAACGUAGCGCCACCUCUGCUGUCGGCCGCGAUCCAGUCUGCCCCGUGGACGAUGGCUUCACCGGCGGAGCUGCCCGCGGCCCUGCAUCAGGCGAGGACGACGGUGUCGCCUGCUCUCCCGGCUGUGAUGCCUCCAUGUCCGGUCGCUCCACUGCGAUCAUGUUUACCGUGUAA